AGCGCAUAGAGCAAACGUGCCAGUGGCGUGAGAACUACUUUAUUCACAAGAAGGACUGGACUGAAUCUACUCCAAGCACACAGGAGACGGCUACUUUAGACAAUGAAUUAAUUGCGGAGAUUUCGCCUUGCUACAAUAUAUAGCAUGGAUUGCUCAGGAGAUGAGUUUUAUCACAGCGGACUUUGUCACAAGUGUCCACAGUGUCCACCCGGUCAAGAGCUUAAAGAGGACUGUGGUUAUGGUGUAGGUGUGUCUGCAGUCUGCGGUGUGUGUGAAGUUCGCUGGUUUAAGGAAGACCGGGGUUCUCACCCUUGUGCAAUGUGCCAGAACUGCCGUCGGCUCAACAGAUACCAAGUCAAACGCUGCACACACACAGACAAUGCAGUGUGUGGAAACUGCCUCCCUAGCUUUUACAGCAAAAUGCGAUUGGAUGGAUUAGAAGAUUUGGAAUGCCUUCCAUGUGGCCCCACCCCCUUCAGAAAUUUACAAUGUAGCAGAAGUGAAGUGUCUGGUGUGGCUAAAGUCCAGACCUCAGCAGCGCCUAUCCAAAAUGCUAAUGCUAUAGUGACUGCUUGUGCGGCAACGGCUGUCUUAACAACCUUCCUGUUUGCCAUUAUGUGUGUCUUGUACCAGACACGCUCCCCACUCAGGAAAACAUGCAAACGGUGUCUAUUACCGGUCAGUAACAGUCACUAUGACGUUGAUGCAGCCUCCAUUCCCAUGACAACAAUACACACUGUGAUGCAGGACACUGAUGUGGACAGAUCAGGUUCUUGUCUGCCUUUGGAAGACCCCUGCACACUGGAUGACAUAACAGAAAUUAUGACCUGUGAUUCUUGCAUGCAUGAGUGUGAGGCUCUUCCUCUGGUGCGGUGCUCGGUCUGCACUGUCCUUGCAACGGGAGUCCCCUCGCAGGCAACAGAAACACCUGAUCCUUCUUCACCAGAAGCCGACCUCUCCUGCCAGCAUGUCAUUCUCACUUUGGUGAGAGGAGAGUCUACAGUGGGGUCAUGCUGUGCUGUAGAGCAGCAGACAGGCUGGGGGCUGCAUGCUCCAGUAGAGUGCACCGAACUGGACCUUCAACACCUCUCCACAAAUAACCCACCAUAUCUGGGCUUAGACUCCACUCUGCACUCAUGUCUGAUGCUUCGAUAAAAUGAGAUUGUAAAAAAGAAGAGAGAUCACAUCUGCAAAUGCAUUCCAAUGGAGUCAAUAUAAGCUUACUUCCGGUAUUCUUGGUUAAAGCCCUGGAAAAGGAUUUAUUUUCUUCCUGGAGUUUAAAACAACCAGCAACAGGCAGUGCACCUUAAUGAUGCGGGUCUUUUUCUGCAUGGUUGCAUGGCUUUGAACAUGUUUACUGCUUUCCAUCUUCCUACAUGUUGUCAAGUGGACCACACCAGACCUACUAUAAAAGCCUCCAUCAGCUCUAAAGACUGGACUUGAUUUUGCUAAUCACUGGAUUUUUGGCUCACACUGCUUUAUGUUACUGUUUGCUCUGCUGGCUCAGCAAACACCUCUCAGUAUCCUAGCAGUACCUGAUUUAGUGUUUUCUCUGACUUUAUUAGCCAGUUUUAGACUGGUGGGUAGUAGAAUGCUGCCAAAACCAACCCAAUCUUCUUAAGACAAUUCCAUGUUGCAUUAUUAUGCCAUGGCACUUCACAUUAGGACUAAAACACCUGUGAAAUAAGAAUAAACAAUUAAUUAAUUAACUGUACAUCAUACAAUGGUUAGAACUGAAUCACUGCUGUGCUGAUAUUCAGUACAACAGCAUUCUUGCCAAUAUGAUAUUACUUAAUUAGAUAGAAAAAAUUCUUGGGUGUAGGGACAUGUACAUAAAAUGUCAGCCUUUUGAUAAAAUUACGCUGGGGCACAGAAUUGUGAUGAAUGAAAUGCAAAUGAAAGCAAAAAAAAGCAAAAAAAAAAAAAAAAGUCUGACAAGUCACAACCACCAACAUUGUGAUACUGCUUUCAAGCAAUACUUCAUUCAUCUUCCUUGUGUCUUCAAGGGUUUCCUAUAUUGUAAGCAAGCCUCAAACACAACACCAUGAAACACUAGUGUUAAAUUUAAAGAAUCAUGUAAUAUUUUGUCAGGAUCAGAUGAAGUUAAAUACUACUUGGUCUGAUGAGCACAUCAUAGCAUCUCCAAACUGCGUCUACUAACUUCAGCAAACAUAUGCUUAACCUUAUGACAGUUUGCGCUGUAUUUGAACAAAUCCCAAUCAGAUUUUCCAACUCUAUUUAUAGCUUUUAAUUUUGUAGCAGUGCAAAAGUCCAGCUAAAUUCUUUUGGGAAUGUGAUGCGUGCAUGUCCGUCCAAUAUUAUAAACACAGAAUAUUUAAUUGAGGUCUCUGAGAUUACAUUUUUUUACAGGCUUUGAGUUUAACAAAAGUUAUGCAAUCCAGUUGAUAUACAAAGCAGUUCUCAAGAUGACACACAAAGACAUGAACAUACAGUAAAUGAACUGAACAAGACAUUAUGUUUUUGAUGUUCUUAAAAACAUAAUUUAAUCUUAUAAAACCAGUCAAAUUAAAGCAUGUGCAAACACAAUCUUCUUCAAAGAAGAUUGCGGUUAACAGCCUGAGGCUGCGGUUAACACUUAGAGAUCUAUUGUUGAUACAGUAGGAAUUAAGAUAUCAAGUAAAACUGUGUGGGCUGAAGUCAGCACUCCUUUACACGCGUCCCUGCUAAAAGAAAAGAAGAAGAAAAAAACAGCUAAAACCAUCCUAAGAGGUUGGGAGACCAGCUUAUCUCCCAACAUGACCCAAAACCCCUCUAAAACCAGCCAACUGACCAGGCUGGGAGACCUGAUAAAACCAGCCUAUCAGUUUAUUUAUUUAUUUUUAACAGCAAGGUGUGGGAUGAGUUGGUGGACAGAUGCAAGUGGGUUAACACAGAUGGUACAAAAAACUGUACGCAGUAUUUAUCUGCUCUGUUGCUGUGGUCCAAAGUGGUUUUUGAACCCAAUGCAGGCCCUUCUGCAUGGCAGCAUCAACCGUCAUUAGUAGGAGUUUUGUUAAUUACAAAAUGAGCUCACACCAGCUCACUCUAAAUAACUGUCCAAAAAGACUAUUAAAAAGGGCAUUAACAGGAUAUUUUCCAGAAGUAAUUCUGUGAAACAAUCUCAUUAUUCACUUCAUUGGCUUUGAGCUUGAAAGCAAAAAACAAACAAACAAAAAAACAGUUUAAAUAAAUUGUAUAAAAUAAUGCAUCAACAACAAAAAGAUAAUUCUGGAAUGAACUCCUUUUUUUUGCGGGGGGGGGGUCAAAUAAAACAUGAUACAUUGUCUCCCUUUUUAUAAUUAUGCGCUGGUGAUGUUAUGAGUUUCAAAACAUUGCCGUUUGAUAGUCCUAUUCCCUGAGUAGCUACAGAGUUGGCAUUUUAGGUUGUCGGGAAUAGGGCAUAUGAUGAUGACCUCUUCAAACUGGACUUAUUCCAAAAAGGCAUUUAAAGCAAUUGUUCUCGUCCUUUUCAUCCUUGAUAAAUGUUGCUUUUACGUUUUUAAAGCUAGUUUAAAUGCUUGAACAUUUCAGCAGUUUUGUUCUGUAAAAUGGUGCCAGUUUUUUUAUGUGAUUUGUGCAUACUUGCAGCCAGCCUCUUCCCUUGUGUUGCAUUAAUGUUAAAAUAAUACACACAUUUAAUUUAACAUAUUAGAGUUCUAUUUUUAUAAGAUUCAUCAGUGUUAAGUGUGGAAUACUGUCUUUUUGUAUUUUAGUAACCAUAGGGACAUGUUUGAUAUUUUUAUGAUUGUACCUAAAUGAAUGAAUGCUGUGUUCUAAUUCACAUAAAAAUGAAUCAGGAACAGUUUUCUAAAUCUGGAAAAUGCAAUGGUGCUAUUGUUGUCAAUGUUAUUUUCUGGUAUUUCAAAUAAAUGUAUUUCUACUUGAUA